AAACACUGUGGGUACCAAGUAUAUAAACCUCCUUCCACUCUAUACACUGUAUAAGCAGAGUCCAGAGGAAAACUGUGGUUGGCUAGAGAAGGACUAAAGGACCUUCAAGAUGAAGCUGUUUUUGCUGGCCACGAUCCUACUCUUGUGUGUCCCUCCAAUGAACACAACACCGUGCAAGACUGUUCUGAGAGUGAAGAAAAGAGCCAUGGAACAUGCCUGCCAAACACAUAGAUCCAAUUUUGAAGGGCAUAUUAGAAAAAUGAGCUUCCCUGAUCUUGAAGUGAUCACUAAUUUUCUGCUUGGCAAAGUGCUUUCUUUGACUGGGAUUCAGAUCUUUGAUGUGAAACUCCCUAAUAUAAAAGUGAACCUGGUGCCAGGUGUUGGUGUGCAAGUGUCCCUAGAAAGCAGUCUUCAUAUUAAAGGAAAAAUACUUUUUUUUGCCAAUGUUGAGGUAAAUGUAGGCUCGGGAAUUACAGCCGAUGUGUCUGUCACAAAGACGUCUGGAGGUUUACCUUUGCUAAAAGUUUCUGCAUGCAAGUGUGCUAUGGGACGAAUACAGAUCAAUGCUUUCGGAAAAAGUUUAAUACCUCCAAUGAUUUCUGCAAUUCAAGGGCACAUCCAUGCUAUAGUCAGCAAGCAACUCUGUCUCACAGUAUCAAAUGUAUUCGUGGAUGCCAAUAUGAAUUUGGGACUAAUGUGUGCAAAGCACCUCAGCAAGAACUUUGAACUCCAGUACAAAGUGCCAACCCCUCCAGUGGUGACAAAUGAAUAUGUGCAAAUGGAUAUGUAUGCACAGUACAAGGUGGAGGAGAAGGUCCUGGAGCUUCCAACUGGCGCACAGGAUUUUACUCUUCCUCCUCCUUCUCCAGAUGCCUCAGACUCUAUGGUCACCAUGGGCAUUUCCAAGGACUUCUUCAUUUCUAUAUUUACAGCUCUUCACACUUCAGGAAAAUUCAGCCAAGCUAUUCCAACUACUACUAAUUCUCUUAUUAAUGAGCUGAAAACAUCCUAUCUUGGAUCCUACAUUCCUGAGAUCAAUCGGAAAUACCAUGAGUCUUUAGCUGUGGGGAUAAAGAUUUCUCUUAGCCAAACACCACUGGUUACAUUCCAGUCUAGCCAGCUAAUAAUUCAACUGACUCCUUCCGUGGAGCUCUAUGCUGUGUCACCCAAAUCUGGUAAUGAACACCUGCUGACUUUUAGUGUGGGCGUUACUUUGGCUGCCAAGCUGGACAUGAACGUGGAUAAACUGAAGAUCUCAGUUUCCAUACAAAAGGAGCUGAGCCUUUCCCUGGCAUCUUCCUCUAUUGGACGGUGUGGCUGUAGUUCAUCCUCAGUCUCUGGUUACAUGCAGACAGUGUUUGAGAAGGCCUACUUGAUUCAUAUCAAUGAGGUGCUUAGCGUAGGGGUGUCACUGCCGACAUUGCCAAACAUGAAUCUCGUUAAACCUGUUUUUGAGGUUAAGAAGGAUUAUGCUGUCAUGUCAUGUGAUGUGCAAUAUACUUAGAGAUCUAAAGAUGGAAGAGAAUCAACAACAUUUUGAGUAGCCAGAUUAUAUGAAGAAAACGAGUCUAAUAAAACAAUACACCAUA